UGAGAAGUCAGCAGUAGUGUAUCUGCACAUGGGAAGCAGUCCAGGGAUAGAGCCAGGAGCAGAGGUGACAGGAGAGAAAAGGGGAAAAGGUGGGGGGAGGCACAGACACCCUACACUGUGCUAAAAACAAGCAGCUUCAUCAUCACGGAUCUUCUUUGGAAUUUUAUUUCUCAACUUGUUAACUCCCCUGAUAGAAAAUGCCGGCGGGACCUCCGUGGGAAGGAGAGUUAUUCCCCUGUAUACGUCAGUCAUGGCUCAUGGCGACCCUGGAUGACACUAAGCUGUGUAGAACUGUACAGUCUAUGGAAGAUGUCCAUAAACUACAAGCUGACUGGGACACUCCGAGUGAUUGGGUAUCAACUUGGCAAAUGAGGUUCAAUGUGGACAAAUGUGCGUUACUUGUCCAUACCUGCUUCUCAUUAGAAGUCAUUGUAGGGAAAAAUAAUCAGAUCAAAGCUCGGAACGGAACAGAUAUCUACCUGCCUUGCACAUUUGCCACCUGCAUUGGUUUUGAGGAUGUUACCUUCUAUUGGGAAUACAGGACAUUCAAUCUGACAUCAAAGCCAGAAUUACUUUACCAUGGGAAGCUGAAGAACAAGAAAUCCUUGCCGAAACCUAUUGAAAUUCAAAAUAAAAAUUACCGGCAUGAUCGAAUAACGCUAGUUCCUAGCAAUGACACCAAGGAUUAUAGUUUGAAAUUACUCCUGAAGGAGGUGGAGUUUGAAGAUGCCGGACGCUACACCUGUAUUGUGUCAAAUAAAAAGGAAAAAGACACUAAAAGCAACGCCACCAUCUACCUUACAGUGGUGGACAAGUUUGAGGUCGUGGAUAACACGUUGACUCUGAUUAUCGCUGCUGUUGUUGGUGGUGUCAUCGGCCUUCUUAUAUUAAUCCUUAUCAUAAAGAAGACAGUCGGCUUCAUUAUGAAGAAAAAUCGUGACCAAAAGAAAGACUGUCUCGUUAGCUCUUCGGUCAAUGACAACACAGAUAAUGCCUCAAAGCAAGAAGCCAAAGCUAAACCAAAAGCAUGAUGUUUGCUCCAUGGACAAGGACAGAAGGGACUUCAGUAGAUGGACUACGGAGCUUAGAGCCCCGGUAUUGCAGAAAUUUAAGCAGAGAGCACCUGGUGGAAUCAGGUUGAUCACUUUAUCGGCUACACACCUUAUUAUCUUGCACUGCGCAGUAAUUAUGUUACCUCCUCCUGGGCCUUAAUUUAGGUGUCUAUGACACUAUGUAGUUCAUCACGGUGAAUGUGUUUCUGUUCAGAAGAACAGGGUCCCCAGAUCUUCCCAAGCAGGUGUUUUUGGAGGAGAUUUUUUUUUUUCUAUGCAUGGAGUGGGGGCUGACAACAUAGAAUCACUGCCAUUGACUGUCAGUGGAUGCAUAUAUAUAUAUAUAUAUAUAUAUAUAUAUAUAUAUAUAUAUAAGUUUAUUUGUAUAAAAUUAUAGUACACAUCUAAAUGCACAAAUUUCAUGUAUAAAGAAAUACUUGAUGUUUUUAAACUGCAUUUACAGCUGAGGAUUUCUGCUUGCAGCACAGUGUGCCUUCUCCCUGCUCCUCUGCUUACCCUGCAAUAUGUCCUGACUCCUCUGAGUUAUUUCUGCACAUAAUGAAAAGUUCUCUUCCGGAUCACCACGGCCUCUAUAUAUGCUGGCACCGCAUAACAGGACUGCCAGUCUCCACUGCAGUUGCUGCCUGGGCAUUGUUCCUGCUUUCUGGAUGAAUGUAAUAAAAUGUAUUCUUUAA